AUGGCGUCGUUGGACAGCGCCAGCGUCGCCGCCACGUCCAGCGCCAUCGCCACGGUGACGACGGGCAAGGCAGCAUGGCAGGACCAGCGGGAGCGCGAGCGCCACGUGUCGCUCACCGAGGUGGCCGUCAGCCACCGCCUCAAGGCCUCCGAGGCGCACCGCCGCUGGAUGCGCAGGAACCGCAUCCACGACUCAUCGUUCGGCGGGAGCAGCUCGGACGAGGACACGGAGGGCGGGCUGUACGGCCACCAGAGCGAGGCGGCGAACGCGCUGCUGUACGUGGGUCUGGGCACCGUGGCCAUCGGGCUCGUCAUCUCGUUCGUGGGCACGGGUGAGAAGGGCUUCAAGACGCUGGAGCUGCGCCUCAUCGGGCCGUCGCUCAUCGGCAGCGGCCUGCUGUGCUGCCUCGUGCGCAUCUUCCUGUGCGUGUGCCCGUCGCCGUGCCUGCGCCGCCGCCACAAGCACCGCGGCCGGCACAAGGACGCGGCCAGCGGCCGCCGCCGCGCAGCGCCGCCGCGCCGCCGCGCGCACCAGAGCAACCACUUCACCACACACAUUCACCAACCACCACCACCGCCACCGCCCCGGCAGCGCUUCUUCGGCGGCGCGGCGGCGCGCGGCGGGGCGACGGCGGCGCGCCCGGCGGCGGCGGCGGGCGCCACCGAGGACAUCGCCCUCGCCGACCAAACAUCCCUCUUGCUGAAGAACAAUACCAAAAAAUCUGUAUCUAUUUUAACUUCCCCCGCAGUAGCGCCCCAACCCUCAGGAUCUUCCGCUAACGCUAGUCAAACGCGCGAUACAACCGACCACUCCUCUUCUCCCAGGAACUCCGUGGUCGCCACCACCACUCUGUUCUUGCAGAACGAAAAAGAACGGGCGUCGACCGCGUACGGUUACAAAGUUCCAGCAAUCAAUAUUCCUAAUUUCAUCGGAAGCAAUAGCGACGACGACGAGCGCUCUCGCCGCCGCCGGCAGAGCCAGCAGCGGCAGCAGCCGUCGGAAGGGAACCUUCUCGACCUCGAGUUGCAGCAGCUGGACUCCGCGAGCUUCGAUAUAUGUAGUUUCGAUAGCAGCAAUAGCCAAGAAAAAAGUGUUAUUUUGAACGAUAACGAUAGUGACCAUAGUAAUACAGUGAGUAGUGCAUUAAGAAGAGACAAGAUGACCAAGCCCCGAGCCCCCGUUAAUGCUAGAGUAGUACCUGUUACGCCCAAGCCCGCCAGCGGCUUGGUGAACCCUGACCCCGAAGCUCACAGACUGGAAGAAGACAUGUUGCUCGCGGCGGAAGUGGAGGCUGAGAUCGCCACGCCGACCCCUUCCCCGGUGAUGAAGGACGCGCCAGUGGCCCCGAAGAACUUCCCCGCCCCAUCCACGUCGCAAGCCCCGCUCUCAUCUUCACCACAGCACUCCGAAAAGGACGACUUGCUGCAAAAUGAAAUAGUAUUAAGUCCUGCAAAGUUACAGCAGGAUAUCAAAGAUUGA